AUGAUGAUGAUUCGCGGUGGAGCCAAGGUGGCCCCGUCGCUGAUGAAAGCUACCGGACCACGGAUGAGCCACGGUGGUCUCCAUCUUCUCAACCCUGCCGCGACGGCGGAGCUACACUCUGCUUCUGGGAUGAGCGGUAUCGGCUGGAUGUGGACUAGAAAUCCGGCGACCGGAGGUGCGAGAUUCGCCAGCACGGUUACUCUCGGUGAGAAAACGGCGACGGAGGAGCCGACGACGGAUGCGAAUCCCAAAAAAACCGAGAACAACGAAUCAACCGGUGGAGACGCCGGCGGUAACAAAGGAGAGAAAGGAAUCGCUAGCUACUGGGGCGUUGAGCCGAAUAAGAUCACCAAAGAAGAUGGUAGCGAAUGGAAGUGGAACUGUUUCAGGCCAUGGGAGACGUAUAAAGCUGAUCUGACGAUAGAUCUGACGAAGCACCAUAAACCGACGACGUUCCUUGACCGAUUAGCUUAUUGGACUGUCAAAUCUCUUCGCUGGCCUACCGAUCUCUUCUUCCAGAGGCGAUACGGAUGCAGAGCUAUGAUGCUGGAAACGGUUGCGGCGGUUCCGGGAAUGGUCGGAGGAAUGUUGCUCCACUGCAAAUCGCUCCGGCGAUUUGAGCAGAGCGGUGGUUGGAUCAAAGCCCUACUCGAGGAAGCGGAGAACGAGAGGAUGCAUCUCAUGACGUUCAUGGAAGUCGCGAAACCGAAAUGGUACGAGAGAGCUCUCGUGAUCACUGUGCAGGGAGUCUUCUUCAACGCCUACUUCUUCGGUUACUUGAUCUCUCCAAAAUUCGCUCACCGUAUGGUUGGGUACCUUGAGGAAGAAGCAAUCCAUUCGUACACUGAAUUCCUCAAGGAGCUUGACAAAGGUAACAUCGAGAACGUUCCUGCUCCGGCUAUUGCUAUUGAUUACUGGAGGCUUCCUGCUGAUGCGACGCUUCGUGACGUCGUCAUGGUUGUUCGUGCCGACGAAGCUCACCACCGUGACGUCAACCAUUUUGCAUCCGAUAUUCACUACCAAGGUCGUGAGCUAAAGGAAGCUCCAGCUCCAAUUGGAUAUCACUGA